GGUCGCGCCGGAAGUGACGUUCCGCGCCUUGUGAGCGCUAUGUUGGCCUUGUGGGGAGCUGGCUCUGCGCUGAGAUUGAGGAGCGUGGCCCCGGCAUGGCUGUGGGGCUCGCACUGCCGUCCCCUGACCCUGGCGCGUGCGGCAGGGGCGCUCGGAGCGGGGGGCUGGCGGGUGCCGGCCCCGAGGGAGCGGCGCGGGCGCGCGAUCGGCCUGUCCGGCGCGGCGGUGUAGACAUGUUCCUCCCGCCCCCUGCAGCCCUACCUGCGCCUCAUGCGCCUGGACAAGCCCAUCGGAACCUGGCUGUUGUAUUUGCCAUGCACCUGGAGCAUUGGUUUGGCAGCUGAGCCCGGGUGUUUUCCGGAUUGGUACAUGUUGUCCCUCUUUGGCGCUGGAGCUAUUCUGAUGCGUGGAGCAGGCUGUACUAUUAAUGAUAUGUGGGACCGUGACUACGAUAAAAAGGUUACAAGAACAGCAAAUCGCCCAAUAGCCGCCGGAGACAUUUCAGCCUUUCAGUCCUUGGUUUUUCUCGGGGGACAGCUGACCAUGGCACUGGGUGUUCUUCUGUGUCUGAAUCAUUACAGUAUAGCUCUGGGAGCAUCGUCGUUGCUUCUCGUCAUCACCUACCCGCUGAUGAAGAGAAUCACGUACUGGCCUCAGCUAGCCCUGGGGCUGACGUUCAACUGGGGCGCGCUGCUUGGCUGGUCGGCCGUGAAGGGCUCCUGUGACCCAUCCGUGUGUCUGCCUCUCUACUUCGCUGGGGUCAUGUGGACACUGAUCUACGAUACCAUUUAUGCCCAUCAGGACAAGAGAGACGAUGCUCUGCUCGGCCUCGGGUCCACGGCGCUGCUAUUCCGAGAGGACACCAAGUGGUGGCUGGGCGGCUUCAGCGUGGCCAUGCUGGGGGCCUUGAGCCUGGCGGGCGCGAGCUGCGCCCAGACCCCGCCCUACUACGCCGCGCUGCUCGCCGUCGCCGCCCACUUGGCGCACCAGAUCCGCACCCUGGACAUCCACAGCCCUGCAGACUGCUGGGAUAAAUUCACCUCCAACCGGACAGUAGGAAUAAUCCUCUUCCUAGGAAUUGUCCUCGGAAAUUUGUGGAAAGAGAAGAAGACGGAUGAAGCAAAGGAAAAUGAAGAUAGAAUAAAAAAUUAGCCAAUAACGUUUAUCUAGGAACUCUGAAAACAAACUUUUACAAAACACUCUCAGGCCUUGUAAACACAUGCUUAGUUUUAAAUAAACGGUGUGUUAGAAUAUGUCACGGAAGUAAGGACUAGAAGAGGAAGAUUUAAAGUAUAUUUGCCUAAAUUUUAAUCCAGCUGUUUGCUAGCAAAGGUCUCCUGGCAUGAAACCUGGGGCUCUUCAGGAUUUGAAGUGACCUUUAGGACUCUUCUGCCCAUUGUACUCACCUGAAGUUAUGGGAAGCAUAUGCAUUUUAGCACUUUCGAAAAUCCCCCCCACUGAAAAAAACUCUGAUCUGUUAAUGGGGGCGUUAAUCAAAAUAUAUAUGUUUAAACCCAAGAUUUUGCAAAAUGAAUAGACACUAAUGAUAAAAGGAAAAAAAUAAAAUAUUUUAAUGAAAACAAGAAAAAUGCAUAUGCUCAUCUAAAUGGAUGUCUCUAUAAGACAUGGAUUCUUUCUUUUUUAGGAAAAAAGCCCCGAUGGAAAGUUAGAGCAUGUUAUUCUCUGGUGAUCUUUACUCGCUGCCCAAGCUGUAUUUUAGGAAGCUAUUCUGAUCUUUACGUUUCAGAAGAAGGUAGAUAAGCAUAUACAUGAGUGUUUUCACUUACACCGACCCCUACCACUAUGGUACCGUCCAUGACAUUUGGUCAUUCUGCUUUCUGUGUGCAGCUCCAGUGAUCAGAAUGAGCAACCAGGGACUGUUUCAAUGUAUUUAUUUAUUUUUUUGUCUUACUGAACUAUAAUUUGUAGGACAGUGUCAGAUUGUCCAAGUGCGCACAGACCCUGUGGAGUGGUUCCAGCAGGGAGCGACUCUCCAGCCCUGAGUAGGGCCGCGCUGCUCCUGCCCGCGCUGCUCCUGCCCGCGCUGCGGGUGCUUCCAGCUGUUCACCCGGCCACUCCCGCGAAGCCUGAGCUUCUCCUACUGCCGCCUGCCUACCCAGCACCUCCAGCGCGCUCAGCCUCGGGACCCACCGUCGGGUGGACUCGCUCUGCCCAGGCCUGGCAUUCGCUCUUCACUUCGCCUGGUGGGAAUAUUGUAUCUUUGCUCACGGCUGUGGGCCUUUCCUUAAGUGUCACCUUCUCAAGGAGGCUUCUUAGGCAUUGUGCCCAGAAUCUGCACACGUCGGGGUCCCCCGCGUGCCCUGCCGCUGUGCUCCUUAUUGUUUUCCUUCAGCACUUGUCACUCCGGGCCUGAAACACGUCGGCAUAGGUGACGUCUGUGGACGGGCCGGAGUGGAGGCGGCAGCUGUUCCGGGUGUCAGUGGUGGCACCGGAAACACUGGCUUGGUGGUGACAGUGCCCACGGCUAGGCCAGAUGCUGGGCCAAUGAGCAAGCACAGGGCCCUUGCUCGGCAUUAAUCAGCACAAUUAGGCCACGAGCGUGAGUGUGCCGACGGGGCAGCACUGCACCCUGCGCUGGAGGAGUAGAGUUGCCCUCGGGUUUGUGUUCUUAAGAGAUUUCCUAAAAUA